AUGGGAAUAAUUUGUUCAAAGACUCUUAAAAACUAAAUUUAGGGAAUGACAAUAAAUAAUGAAGGGAUGAUAAAUAAUGAAGAGAGGAUUUAAUAAAUUUCAGCAAAGGUAAAGAUUAGAAUACAACUUCUAGGAUUUUAUAUGUAAUGUUUGGGUACCUAAGUAAGAAGAAUGGAUAUAAAUUUAAAUAAAAAUUACAGAAGAAAAGCAAAUUUAAUACUUAGCAAAGGAUUAAUCGAUUAUAAGAAUGUAUUUAUUUAAAAAAAAAUAGUGAUGCUUUAGAAGACAUACCUUUGAGCCAUUAAAUUUUGACUAAUUUAGAAUAAAUUAAAAAUCUUAAAUGGGAAGUAGAAUAUGGAAAAAAAAAUCAAAAGUUUGCUAAGUUUAGCGUAAGUUGGAAGGGAAAAAAAUUAUCAAAUGUUGGAGGAUAUUAUUUGAAUAAUGGAUUAAAGCAAGGCCGAUGGGGAGAAUUGUUUGAAGAUUUUAAAGGGUGAUUUCCUUUUAUUUAUUUAGAUAGUGUUUAUUAUAGUGGUGAAUAUUAUAAUGAAAUGAGAAUAGGGUUUUGGAAAUAAACCUAAUAUAAUAUGAAAAUGUAUUUAUAAAAAUUAUUCUAUUAAGUGGUGGUGGAUUAUACAAUAAUUAUGGUUAAUAAAAUGGAAAGUGGAUUGAAUUAUUUGAAAAUUUUUCAUCUUUGUAAUUAACUUGUCAAGGUGAGUAUAAGAAUGGGAAGAAAGUUGGUUGUUGGAAUAUAUAUCAUUAUUAGAAGUUGGUGUAAAUAUAUAUAUAAACUUAAUAAUUUUUAGGGGUGGCGGAAUUUGUCAUAAUUCAACAAAGAUUGGAAAAUGGACUGAAUUUAUUGAAGGGUCCACUUUGAGUGGUCAAUAUAAUUAAUAUGGUAAAAAAUGUAGUUAUUGGGAUAUUUAUGAAAAUGGAAUAUAGAUGUAAUUAUAAUACCUUUUAUUUUAGAGGUGGAGGAUUUUAUGAUGAUAAAGUAAAAGGAGAUUCUAUCAAAGAAGGGAGAUGGAAAGAGAAAGAUUGGAUAGUCUAUUAUAAAAAUGGGAGAAAGGUUGGUGGAAAAGAAUUGUAUGUAGACGAUUUUUGA